AUGUAUUCGCGUCACCUUCUCCGUUCCACCCGCCUGCAGCGUCUGCGCUCAUUCCCUCCCACCUUCCGCACCUUCAGCGUGUCUCCCUUCCGCAGCAUCAAGGAAGACGCCUCUCGCUCCNNCCCCGAAGAGCUGGAGAAGACCAAGCAAGAGCAAUUGAAGGCACAAAAGCAGGGCAAGGCGCAAUGGAACGAGAACCUGGCUUCUGCGGGUGAAGCUUCGAUUACCGCAGACAGAGAGAAUGUCAAGGAUCACGAUAGCCACAUGGAGGAUUUGCAGAAGGAGACGGCCGGACAGGCGGAGAAGGAGCAUCCUCAUGGAAAGAAGGACUAA